AUGUGGCUCUCUGUGCUUACGGCUGUGAAGAAGCUAUGUGCCGGCAUAGGCCAUUGUGAGAGACGGCAUAAGCCCUUCACCUUGGGCAGUCAGCAGGUUCUGAAUGUUCAUGUCGACCACAAGUGCGCUCUUGUCUUCUGCCUUGGAGUGUGUCACCUUCUAGCAUGUGAUAACCCAGUCAGCGGCAUAAGAGAGAAGGCAAUCGCUCUGGUCGUGUUUCCUGUCGAAGGGCGUGACCAGACGUCGCGUAUCUACCUCCCAGCCAGACCACUCGCCAUUGCCGUCUCUUCGUACAACACUGCAUCUGGCGCGUACCAUAGGCUGUACGACCUCCCAGAAGGCCGCAAAAGGCCUGCUUCUGCUGUGGGAAAUUCUGCUUCCCAUCCCACCAACGGCCAGAAAGCCGCUUCUGCAAGCAUGGCGGCGCAGGUGGCGAUGCUGCUGGCAUCUCUGCUUACGUUCACUUUCUUGGUUGCUAUCGAUGCUACCAGCAUCGUUCUCGCCGUUUCUACCAUCACGGCAGACCUCGGAGGCAAUGCCACCGAGAGCUUCUGGGUAGGAGCCUCGUACUUGCUUUCCAUGUGCUUGUCGCAGCCUAUCGUGUCCCGGCUCUCCAAUGUCUUCCUCCAGAAAAGCCUUGUGCUGGCAUCCAUUAUGAUGCUGGGCAUCGGAUCGCUCCUCUGUGAGAGCGCGGACGGGGUACCGCUACUGCUGACAGGACGCACCGUCCAAGGCCUUGGCGCCGGAGGGCUCAUGGUGCUCUCUUAUGCCGUCUGCGGCGAUAUGAACAAGCAGAGUAAGGGUGGGAGUGGGAGUGGGAGUGGGCCCAAGUUCUUAGCCGCAAUCAGUCUUUUUGUCGCUGCUGGCACCAUCUGCGGUCCUUUCAUUGGCGCCGCGCUGAGCGACAACCAUCAUUGGCGCUGGAUCUUCCGUCUGAACAUACCCAUGUGCGUGGUACUGGGUGUGCUUGUGUACAACGGUAGCGACGUUUCCAGCCGAGAUACAUCCGCUGCGGAACCUGGAGUGCCUGCACGCAACAGUAGCGAUAUUCCCAACGCUGAUUCCCCUCGUGCAAAACUUUCAGAUCUGGAUUUUGUCGGAAUUGUACUCUUUCUCACGUCGGUUGCGCCUCUACUCGUGGGCCUGAGCCUUGCUGGUAGCCUCUACCGAUGGACUCAAUGGCAAGUCAUUGCACCAGUUGCCACUGGAGGCGUCUUCCUUCUGGUGCUCAUCGUCAAGGAACUAUGCCCAGCCAGCGUCCCGUUCCCGCUAGGAAGCAGAAACGCCUUUCAGAAGCCUUUGCUCGGUCUAAGGCUGCUCAAGGGAAGGCAAAGCAUCGUCGCACUCGGGGGCGCCUUUUGGCUAGGAUUGCUUAUGUACGCGCUACUCUUCUUCCUUCCAAUCUACUACCGAGUUGUCAAGGAGCGGUCUGCAAUCGCUACAGGUGUCUUUCUGCUGCCACAGACGCUGAUGAUGGCUCCGUGUGCGGGGGUCGUACUGGUACUUGUGCAGCUGCUCCGACUGCACUAUAGCUGCGCGGUUCUACUCGGCUGGUUCUGUACCGCGGUUGGAAUGGGUCUGCUAGCCUUGCUUGGUGCAGAGAAAUCGGCCGCAUCCGACGUAUCGCUGAACCUGCUCUCCGGAUUCGGCAUCGGCGUUCUUCUGCCAGCUCUAGCGCUUAGCGCUCAAGAGGGCAAGAAAGGCACCGGCGUGCGGGAAGCGCUUAUGGUUUUCAUCUUCAUGCGCUACCUGGGAAGUGCCUCGGGCCUGGUCAUCGUCGGGCUUGUGUUCCAGCGUGUGUUGCGAAGCAACCUUGGCUCGACCAAGUUCAGGAGCGAGGCUGACAACAUGACCAAGUAUGCCACCACACUCAUGUACUCGAUCCGGGAGAUGUCGAGCCCGGAAGACAAGCAGAUCUUGAUCCACGUUACUGAGACAGCCCUACGCACAAUAUGGCUGGCUUUGUCACUCGUAUCCCUUGCGAUGUUUCUGCUGAGCUGUGUGGCGUUCGUGGUGGGUAGAGAGGAGCAAGGGCGGGAAAGUCAGGUGACUGGACCGAGCGCUGACAGCGCGCCAAAGCUGGAUCUUACCGGAAUCUUCAAAAAGUCUGAGAUAUCCGUGAACUCCAGGAACCUCGAGGAACCUGAAGACUCCGAGGACUCCGACAGAUCCGAGAAAGACGAGAGCUUUUUUUCGUCGGUCAAGUUUUGA